AUUUCGUCGUGACGUCAUUUAGUGUCAUCAGUGUCGCCACCCACUCUCACCUGUCAAACGUCAAACUGGUGGUGGGGCACUUUUUAUGACACCGUGUCUCAUGUUCAUUAAUCUCGCGGUCGUUGCGAUUUAAAAACCGCCCCCUUGAGUGCUAUUAUGUGAAUAAAAAUCGUUAUAAAAAUGGACCAAAAGUCCUCGUCUGUGAUCCACCGCGCGUGUUAUCUAACCUUGAAUGUAAUUUACACAAUUUAUGAAAUAAUUGCAUCAAUUGUUGCGAUUUUUCGUCAGAAACUCCAGUUUUUGUGUCACGAGAUCGACAAUCGACCGAAAAAAAUCACCAAAAUCCCUACACAUCUCACCGUAUUGCUUGGCAACGAAGAGCCGGCUGUGAAAGAUUUGGCCAAUUUGAUUUUGUGGUGUUUAGCCGCCCGGAUCACAUUUAUCAGUUUUUACGAUUAUAAAGGGUCGUUGAGAAAAUACGAAGACAAAUUACAGGAAAUUGUUGAAGAAAAGAGGCACGAAUCGGAUCACGUGAUAUGGCACAGCACUCCUGAUUUUGUCCACAAGAAUGGCUUCACAGGACGCAAAAUCCACGUCAAGUUGUUGGAGAGUAAAGACGGCCGUGAAACUAUAGCCAACUUGACGAAAACUCUUAUCAGUGCUGCCAAUAUUGACUUGUUACAGUUCGAAAACGGGCUUAAAAGACAGUUUGAGUUCCCUGAUCCGGAUUUGGGAGUGUGUUGUGGUAAAACUUUCAGUUUAUACGGUUACCCACCCUGGCAAAUACGAGUGACCGAAUUUCUAACCUUAAAAACACAUCACAAUAUCACCUUUGAGACUUUUUUACAUUUGUUAUACCGGUUUAAUAAGUGUGAACAGAGAUAUGGGAAGUAAAUGUAAAACUAUUUAUUCCGCCAAUAAAAACCGUUAGUUGUUUGUACAAA